AUGUCCUUUGCAACCACCUUAAAGAACUGUCUUGAAUGCAUCGUACCUCUGACAACCUUUCAAGUGUAUGAUAUCAAAUCAAAAUUUACGGAAUGCUCGACACCCCUAUACAAACAGCACAAAGGUUCUACGUCUAGUCGACAUCGAUUGAUACUUGUGUCAACUGCAGCCAGCGGUUUUGUUUGUGGAUUAGAAACAUACGAAUAUAAGCUCACAGAUGUUGACUCAGUGAUCAAAAAUAUUGUUUAUGUGUCAAAAGUCGACACUAACUCGAUGCACAGAAAGUAUAAAGGCCUUACCGCUCGUCUCAUCCAAGCAUAUAUUACCAGUCUACCUUGCAAUACAAGCGUAUUCGUUUUCGCAAGAGCACAGCCGCAAUAUCUUUUCGCAAAAUCUGCUGAUAACGAAGACAAAAAGAUAUUGUCCGACCGGGAGUUGGUUUCAUGGUGGCUUCAUGUCUUAAACAAAGUAAAACGUAAAUGUGAAGGCGUUUGGUUUAUUCCGGGAAUUGAGGAUUCGAGUAGUGCUUUGAUUGAAAUAGGUGCUCGUAAAAGGGGAUGGGCUCCCUCAACUUCAAUCAAGUGGCAAUAUAGUGUCCCUUUUGAUUCAGAAGCUGACGCGGCUUCAUCUAUUCCACAGUUUGAAGAUGAUGCAAAAUCCCGUUUGUUGAAAAAUAUAGAGGGUGAGCAAGAAAAAAUGAGUGUUAAAGAUUUCUUCAAUAUCUUAUCUAUUGGCGAAGAAUGUGGGUCAGGCAAAUUAACAGGCUUUUUCAAACUGAAACUGAAUGUACAAGAGAAUGAAACCAGCGAUUUCGAAGACAACGAAAAUGACACAGAUAGCGAUAGUUUUACAGUUUUUUGGAAUAGAUUCAUGUCUCUAAAUUUCGAAAAUGAGAACGCUACUAAAGUGUCCAGUAAAACAGCAAAGAGAGAUAUCAAUGAGAUACUUCCCAAGUUAAAGCCUAUAGUAGUCAACACGAAAGCACCAGUAGAAUCAACAUCCGCUUCUAUCGCUAAGAAGACAACCGACGAAAAUACGAACAAGAGACCGGCUGUAAAUGUCCUUUCCACUGGAUUGAUUAAACGCAAAAAGCAUUGA